AUGUGUGCAGGUCUUGGCACUGGGGCCCUGGGUACUAACGUGGCGCUUUCUUUCUUUGCUUUCAAUUUACCUCUAAAUGAGGUUUACCUUGGUUUUGUAUUGGCACUAACCCCUGUUAUCAGCGACUCUUUCUUCGACUCACCACCGGAGUUUGUGUCUUGCAUAUCAACAAUCGCCGACUGGCGAAAGGAUAUUCCCACACCCAUUGUCUCCGAGGAGGACUUCUUCUGCUCUUCGGACUUGCAGGACAUGAGCGGCUCAGACGCUAUUUCUGAGUGCAGCAUGGACAGUGCAUACCAAAGCCAGAGUGGAGCCAGCCAGCGCGGAAUAAGGAAGUCAGAUGGACACACACAGGACAACCGUUCCCGGUUGAACACGCAAUUCGUUAGCAGCGAGAUGUACUCACCAUCGAUGAGCUCGGACAACUACAAUGCAUUCACGGACCAGGCACUGGACAUGAGCCACAUGCGACCAUCAACCGGCGCUUGGGAGACACCGGAGGACUCGCUCGUAUAUGCUAAUUACUCUGCUGGGCAGGAUUUUUCUACCUAUGCUACCACUAACGUCACUCGAUUCACACCCACAUCGAACGUCGGUGUAUCGUCGCCAUGGGUUGCUGAUGCACCCUUCCACAACGACCAAUUCAGCUUUACAUACCCCACUCAGAGCCCUGCUGAGCUCAUGUUUAGUGCUCCUGCACCCUCUCAACGGCAAUGGAGCAACAGCCAUUUCGAGUCUGUUGAACGUCCCAAUGCUGUUCGCAGCUCCUCAUCAUACACUCUCCCCCAAGAUUCACGGCGGACAUCUGCACAUGAAGCAAACUUUGGUGCCUUCGUUGCAACCCCCACAAGCACGACCAGUGCCCACUUCCCUCAGAGUGUUGAAUUUGAUCAGACUAGGCUCCUGGAUAAUAGAAUCAGGAACGAGAAUGAGGACGCUGUCUCCACGUCCAACCCCACUCACAUGCUCGAGGAGAACGACGAGACACUGUCUGUCUCCGACGCCGCUGAGAUCAAGCUUGAGGAGGAACGCACGAAGGUUGCCCGCAGCCACCCCCUCUACCAACAAUUGCCCGACAAGGACGGCAAGUACCACUGCCCCGAGGAGGGCAAGGCUGGUUGCACCCACAAGCCUACACCUCUGAAGUGCAACUACGACAAGUAUGUGGACUCGCACUUGAAGCCCUUCCGUUGCAACAAGAAGACCUGUAUCGGAGUUCAAUUCUCUUCCACUGCCUGUCUUCUGCGCCACGAGCGUGAGGCUCACGGAAUGCAUGGUCAUGGUGCCCGGCCUCACUUGUGUCACUUCCGCGACUGCGAGCGUGCUGUCCCAGGUCACGGCUUCCCCCGCCGCUACAACCUCUUUGACCACAUGAAGCGUGUUCACCAGUACGAUGGCCCGACUACUGAGCCUUCGCCUCCCACCAUGGCCGGUCAAUCCCAGCGCAAGCCCGUCAGCCGUAAGCGCAAGGCUUCAGCCGAGGAGACUGGUGAGAAGCGACACAAGGUUGUCAAGAUCACAGCGGAGCAACAGCGCCAGCAAGCACGUGACCAACUCGCUCAGCAGUUCCUGAGCAAGAAGCAGCAGAUCAUCGACAUUCUCAGCAACUUGAGCAACCCCAAUGAUUUGCGCGACGACCUUCAGCUCACCAAGGAGGUGGUCGGGCUGCACGACAUUUGCGCCAAGUUCCGCGAGAACUAUGGUGGCUGA